AUGUCUGAUCAUAUUGCUCCCUUACCACAAGGUGCUGGUUACGCCGUUGUGGUUGGUCUAGGUUUCGUUUUUGCCAUUGGUAUGGUUGGUACAACAUAUGCUUUGAAACGUUACAAUAAAGAAAUUAUGACUGCAGAAGAGUUUGCAACUGCUGGUAGAUCCGUGAAGACUGGUUUGAUUGCAUCUGCUGUUGUCUCAAGUUGGACAUGGAGUGCAACUUUACUUACAAGUACAUCUCAAGUUUUCAGAAAUGGUAUUGCUGGGUCUAUUUUCUACGGUGCUGGUGCCACUGCUCAAAUCACACUUUUUGCUUGUUUAGCCAUCAAAGCUCGUGAAAGAGCACCUGCAGCACAUACAUACUUGGAAAUUGUUAAAGGUAGAUACGGUACCAUCACCCAUUGUGUUUAUAUAUUCUGGGGAUUCUGUACCAAUAUCUUGGUGACAGUGAUGUUGCUUGCUGGUGGUAGUGCCACAGUUAAUGAUUUGACAGGUAUGCAUCCAGUUGCGGCUUGUUUACUUUUGCCAUUAGGUGUGGUCAUUUAUACUCUUUUCGGUGGUAUUAAAGCUACUUUCUUAACUGACUAUGCCCAUACUGCUGUUUUGAUCAUUAUCAUCAUGAUUUUUGGUUUCCUUACUUGGGCUACUUCAGAUAAGUUAGGUUCUCCUAAUGCUGUUUGGGAAUUGGUUACAGCUUAUGCCGAAGCUAAUCCAAGAGAAGGUAAUUCUCAAGGUUCAUUCUUGACAAUGCGUUCCCAUUCUGGUGGUAUUUUCUUUGUCAUUAACAUUAUUGGUAACUUUGGUACAGUUUUCUUGGACAAUGGUUAUUUCAAUAAAGCUUUUGCUGCUGAUCCUGUAUCAAGUUACAAAGGUUACAUUUUGGGUUCCCUUGCUUGGUUACCAGUUCCUGCUUUCACCUCACUUACUAUGGGUCUUGCUGCUUUGGCAUUACAAAACACUGAAUAUUGGCCAUUUGGAAGAGCAAUGACUGAUGCUGAGGUUGCUGCCGGUUUGGUCCUUCCAAAUGCUGCAUCAGCUCUUUUAGGUCAAGGAGGUGCUGUGUUGGCUUUACUUAUGGUUUUCAUGGCUGUUACUUCUGCUAUGAGUGCUGAGUUAAUUGCUGUUUCUACCAUUACAACUUAUGAUAUUUACAGAACCUAUGUCAAUCCAAAUGCUACUGGUAAGAAAUUAAUUUGGUAUUCACAUUUGUCAGUGAUUAUCUUUGCCUACUCUAUGGCUGGUUUUGCUAUUGGUCUUUACUAUGCUGAAGUUUCCAUGGGAUACUUGUAUGAAAUGAUGGGUGUUAUUAUUGGUGGUGCAGUGUUAUCAUCUGCCUUGACAAUAUUAUCCAAAAGACAAAACUGGCACGCAGCAACUUUUACACCUAUUAUCUCCACUUCUUUAGCUAUCAUGGCUUGGUUGGUCUGUACUAAGAAACAAGAAGGUUCGGUUACCUAUUUGAAGACCUUUAUGGAUAAUCCUAUGUUGACCGGUAACUGUGUUGCUUUAUUGUCCCCACUUGUCAUUAUUCCAGUUCUUACUUUUGCAUUUAAACCACAAAAUUUUGAUUGGAAAUUAUUAGAUCUGAGAAUUACCAGAGUUGAUGAAGAAGAAGAAUUAGCAGAUGCUUUGGGAGAAGUCAACUCCAAUGAUCCAGAAAGAUUGAGUCCUAUUAAAUCCCAGAUCUCUGUUAUUGCUAGUCAAUUGGUAGAUGGCGAGAGAGAGAAAUACGCAGAAGAAAGGGCUACCUUAAAGAAAGCAUUUAAAUUUUGUUGCAUUGUCUGUGUUACUAUCACCAUUUGUCUUUUAGUGUUGUUCCCAAUGCCAAUGUAUGGUACUGGAUAUGUUUUCUCCAAGAGAUUCUUUACAGGUUGGGUUAGUGUAUUUUUCAUUUGGUUAUGGUACUCUGCAUUCCAAGUCAUAGUCUAUCCAAUAUAUGAAGGAAGACAUGAAUUAUACCACACAUUCAGAGGUAUCUAUUGGGAUUUGACUGGUCAAACAUACAAAUUAAGAGCAUGGCAAAAUGAACAUCCUGAGGAAAUGCAUGCUGUUAGAUCUCAAUUACAAGCACAAUUAUCUGGUACUGCCAUUAGUCACGAUGUUGUUGAUGGUAAAGCAUUAGGUGAUGGUUAUACUACUCCUGCUAAUAUUGAUGCUGCCUUGGAUGAUGAAAAGAAGGAGUAG